AUGCCUCCCAAAGCCGGCAAGAAGGUCGCUCCCGCCCCUUUCCCUCAGGGUAAGGCUGGCAAGAAGGCUGCCAAGAACCCUCUCCUCGAGAAGCGACCCCGCAACUUCGGUAUCGGCCAGGACAUCCAGCCCAAGCGAAAUGUCUCUCGCAUGGUCAAGUGGCCCGAGUAUGUCCGCCUCCAGCGCCAGAAGAAGAUCCUUCAGAUGCGCCUGAAGGUUCCCCCGGCUCUUGCUCAGUUCCAGCACGUCCUCGACCGCAACACUGCUGCCCAGGCUUUCAAGCUCCUCAACAAGUACCGACCUGAGACCAAGGCCGAGAAGAAGGAGCGUCUCCUCCAGGAGGCUACCGCCGUCAAGGAGGGCAAGAAGAAGGAGGAUGUCUCCAAGAAGCCCUACACUGUCAAGUACGGUCUCAACCACGUUGUUGGCCUGAUUGAGAACAAGAAGGCUUCUCUCGUCCUCAUCCCCAACGACGUCGAGCCCAUUGAGCUCGUUGUCUUCCUUCCUUCUCUCUGCAAGAAGAUGGGUAUCCCUUACGCCAUUGUCAAGGGCAAGGCCCGUCUCGGAACUGUCGUCCACAAGAAGACCGCUGCUGUCCUCGCCAUCACCGAGGUCCGCUCCGAGGACAAGACUGAGCUCUCCAAGCUCGUCUCCGCUGUCAAGGAUGGUUACCUUGAGAAGCACGACCAGGCCCGCCGACAAUGGGGUGGUGGUAUCAUGGGUGCCAAGGCUCAGAUGAAGAUCAUCAAGAAGCAGAAGGCUCUCGAGGCUGCUACCAAGAUCUAA